AUGUGGCAGGCCUCCUCGAGUUUUGGGCCCUUCCGGCAGCACCUGGUGAAUUCCAGCUGGGAAGCAGUGAAGGAGCUGUCCAAGCUCGGCCUGAGCGGCGACCCGGACGUGGAGCUGCACGUCCUCCAGCUGCCUGUAGAUUACAGGGAGGUGAAGCAGAGAGUCACCAGAAUCUGGGAAGACCUUCAACCGCAACUCGCUGUGCAUGUAGGGCUGGACGCCUCCGCGAAGGCCAUCAUUCUAGAACAGUGUGCCAAGAACCGAGGUUACUGGGAGGCCGACAUCCGGGGCUUCCGGCCUACGCGCGGCGAGUGCCUUCCGGAUGGCCCGGAAGUGAUCGUUUCCGGGGUCAACAUGAGGGCGCUCCGCAAGUGUGUGGCGGUGGAGGGCGUGCAGGUGCUCUAUUCCCGGGAUGCGGGCAGAUACGUCUGUGAUUACACCUACUACCUGUCUUUGCAUCGUGGAAAUGGGCGCGCGGCCCUCAUCCACGUGCCGCCAUUGUCCUACUGGCUCCCAGCCCCGGUGCUGGGCCAAGCCCUGCGCGUCCUCGUCCAGGACAUGCUGGAGGAGGUGCGAGAGCCGGCCCGAAGCCUGGAUCGCAGGCACUCAACCUCGGUGAUUCCAGCCCAGGGGAACCGAUUGGGGGACCGCUCCUUUAGAGAAAAUUAAAUGUUUCGAUCCCAUGUGCAGAGUUCAACUGUGCUUUGAGAGACUUAAAAAAUGGCUUGUAAAACAGUUUACACAGAGGGAAAAAAGCUCUAAAUUACCCCAACGAAAUCACAAAGGGUUAUUUUAUUGUCAGAAGAAAGAAGAAUGCUCUGAAAGGCAGACAUUUCACAGGGGAUUAACUGGCUUCAGUUAUGGUUUUCAUGACAAUAAAAUGAAAUCCUAGUAAA